UUAUUAUAAUUAUCACGUAGUGAUGAAAAGGAAUAUUUCUGGCAUUGAAUCAGUCUAUUCUUGACUGACCGAGGUACAUGGGGGUGAAUUUGACUGUUGCAUAAACACUACAGGAGCCUCUUUCUCUGAGAAAAUGAAUCAAGAAAAACGAAGUAUUCAACAUGCCCCUCAUAUCAAGACAGCAGCACGUGGGUGCCCAUGAUGGAGGCUGGGCUCUGGCGGUACAGUACCGCUGGUUUGUUCAAAACCAGCAAUUUCUGCGCUGUUUGAAGCUACAGGAGAACAGGGCCCAUCGACGCCAGGACACGACCCGUGACGACACAGACCUGCGGCAUCAUUGUGAUCUUUACUUGCUGGACUUGAGCCCCAUAGGGGAUAGUGGGGCUUCUGGGACCAGGGACCGCGCAUGCUGGUCCGAGCUGUAGGGCAGGAAUGGAGCUGGAUUUCACAGACAUAGAAACCCAGACAGGCUGGCUGAAACGAAGCACAAACUGACCUAUUUUGUAUCUGUUCAAUACAAUGUCAAUGACUCGCUCAUUUUUCUGACAAUAACGUUGUAAAUUUGUUGCCGCUCUAAGCAAUAAGUUUCUUUUGUCCUUAAACAUAAAGAGCUUUACCUUUCUCUAACGGAACGCACGUCUUUGCAGACAGAACAGGCCACAAUGGUGAGCGCCUGCCACCUAGUGGCCACAAUGAAAGACACAUAAAAAACGAUUGUGUGGAGGAGAGGAUCCAGAAAUGUUUCACAAAACAAAUGAAAUGUUUUAGAUUCACCGACAUGUUUCUAUGUAGCUUAAAAUGUGUCUUCGGUAUAGUGUUCAUAUAUCACCCAGCGGUCCUUUUUACAGAGUGAUUCUAGAAUGUCAUUUCGCUUCAGUUCGCUUCUUCAGGAAAGGAUAAUGUAAUUAAAUUAAUAAUUUGUAUCUGAAUGUGAAAAACUCUCUUGAACCUGACAAUGAGCAGUCUGCUGAAGUCAGGCAUAAAUCGUGAUGAUGAUGAUGAUAAUAAUAAUCGUCUCCAAGCGUUCACAUUUUUACCUCGCUCCUCCUGCAGCAAUUCCUAACAUGUCCACGGCGCGGCGCUGUAUGUUUCUGUGGGCGCAUCAGCUGAUCCAGAAUCUGCCAGAUAAGCAGCGCCAGUAGCUGAGCUGCUGUGUCCGUGACAUAACGGUAUUCAGCCCCGAGCUCUGCCAAGGUGUCAUGGCCGACGGUCCCGCUGCGCCACCCUGCUCCUGUGACUGUUUCGUGUCGCUGCCGCCCGGCUCGCAGCGCGAUGAGGUCAUUUUCGGCAAGAACUCGGACCGGCCGAGCGAUGAGGUGCAGGAGGUGGUCUACUUCCCUGCCGCCUCCCACCCUCCUGGGUCAAAGGUGGAGUGCACAUACAUCGAGAUCCCCCAGGCAGAGUCGACCCACGCUGUGGUGCUGAGCCGGCCGGCCUGGCUGUGGGGUGCCGAGAUGGGUGCCAACGAGCAUGGCGUCUGCAUCGGCAAUGAGGCGGUAUGGACCAGGGUGCCGGUCAGCGACACAGAAGCCCUGCUUGGCAUGGAUCUGGUCAGGCUGGGCCUGGAGCGAGGGGCGUCGGCCAGGGAAGCUCUGGGUGUGAUCACCGCACUCCUGGAGCAGCACGGCCAGGGGGGGCGCUGCAGGGAGGACCCGGCGCUCUUCAGCUACCACAACACCUUUCUGCUGGCUGACCGCAGCGAGGCCUGGGUCCUGGAGACAGCCGGGCGGCUGUGGGCAGCACAGAGAGUCACCGCCGGAGUGAAGAACAUCUCCAGCAGUGAAUCUGUGGGCUGUCUCUCUGUUCCAGGCUCUGUGACAGCUGGCGCCAUGAUGGAGAUCCUGAGGGACCGGCCUAGUGGGAUCUGCAUGGACUCGGGGGGUUUUCGCACCACAGGCAGCAUGGUGUCCAUUCUGCCCCGGGACCCCCGGCGCCCCUGCGUGCACUUCUUCACCGCGACCCCCGAUCCCUCCAGGUCUGUGUUCAAGCCCUUUAUCUUCACCGAGGCUGUGACCCCUGUGCCGCGGGUCAGCUCUCCACAAUUUGGUGCUGCCGACCCGGCCAGGACUCAACCCCGCUUCCAGAGCCGAGUGGACAGGAGGCACGAGCUGUACCGAGCACACGAGGCAGCUCUGUCUGCCAUAGAGGUUCAUGUCAGGCAGGGGGAACAGCUUUCUUGA